GGGCCUUCGAUUGGCGCGGCUUUGCUCUCGCCACGCCCCCUCUGAGCUCGGAUUGGCUCAGUCCUGGAGUGGGUUCCCACCCACCUGCCCGCUGCUAACCAUGGCGUCUCAACUCCGGCUCCGCUCCGCGCUGGCCCUGGUCACAGGCGCGGGUGGCGGCAUCGGCAGAGCCGUCAGUGUGCGCCUGGCCGGAGAGGGGGCCACCGUGGCCGCUUGCGACCUGGACGGUGCAGCGGCACGGGAGACGGUGCGGCUGCUGCGCGGGCGGGGGAAUGAGGAGGGGGUGUCCCGCGGCGCCCACGCUUCCUUCCAGGUUGAUGUGUCUGAGGCAGGGGCCACCAGGCGCCUGCUGGAACAAGUGCAGGCCUGUUUUUCUCGGCCUCCAUCUGUCGUUGUGUCCUGUGCGGGCAUCAACAGGGAUGAGUUUCUGCUGCACAUGUCUGAGGACGACUGGGACAAAGUCAUAGCUGUCAAUCUCAAGAGCAUCUUUCUAGUCACACAGGCUGCAGCCCAAGCCCUGGUGUCCAGUAGUUGUCAUGGCUCCAUCAUCAAUAUCAGUAGCAUCAUAGGGAAGGUGGGAAAUGUGGGACAGACAAACUAUGCAGCAUCCAAGGCUGGAGUGAUUGGGCUGACCCAGACUGCAGCCCGUGAGCUUGGACGACAUGGAAUCCGCUGUAACUCUGUCCUCCCAGGGUUCAUUACAACACCUAUGACACAAAAAGUGCCACAGAAAGUGCUGGACAAGGUGAUUGGAAUGAUCCCGAUGGGACAUAUGGGGAGCCCUGAGGAUGUAGCAGAUGUGGUUGCAUUCUUGGCAUCUGACGCCAGUGGAUACAUCACAGGGGCCUCAGUGGAAGUCACUGGAGGUCUUUUCAUGUAACUGCCUAAAGGACCCUGGACUCUGCACACUCCCUCACCACUCUGCCUGGCUUCCUGCUGGUGAGGACUCAGUUCCCGGGCUACAAAAGGGGUGGCAGUGUAUGGCUCAGGAAUGCUGAAUAUGGGAGGCAGGGGUGCUUGUGACCCUAAUAAAUUCCAAAUCCUCUUCCCUGCCA